AUGUCUGCUGUACGUGCGACUGUCCAUGCCAAAUGGGUUGUAGGAAAAGUGAUUGGCACAAGCAUGACAAAAACAGCAAAAGUCAGAGUGACAAGAAUGGUGCUAGACAACUACUUUCUAAAGUAUUUCAACAAGAGGAAGACCUAUUUUGCUCAUGAUGCCCAGGAGCAGUGCACAGUGGGAGAUAUUGUACUGCUGAAAAUCCUACCUGAACGGAAGAGUAAGCAUGUUAGGCAUGAACUGGCUGAAAUAAUAUUCAAAGUGGGCAGAGUGGUUGAUCCCCUAACUGGAAAACUGUGCGCAGGCACCACAUUUCAAGAAAGUGUAGAGGACAUUGAUGUGAAUAGCCUUGAUGAAAGGCUUCAGAGCAUGCAGCUUUCUGCAAGGUCAGGUAGUCAAGAAGAAAAGAAGGCUGACUCCUGA